AUGGUGGUUGAAACGAGAGGAGGUAAGAGGAAGGAUAAUCCAACGAAGGAAGAGACUCGGAGAGUGAAGUUUGCGAAGGAGAAGGAGACGAGUCAGACGACGGCGGCGGCGGAGGACUUCGAUAACAUCGAGAAGACGACGGAGAUGACGGAGACUGCGGAGAAGACGAGUGAGGACUCGAGGGAGACUACGGCGGGAACGAAGCCGACUGAGCCGACUGCUCCGACGACAGUUGUUGGUGGCCCAUCUCUUCUAGCUCCUCCAGCUCCUCCAGCAACUCCGGCGAUUGGGACUCAUUCUGGAGAUGAUGAGAUUGAAGGUUCUGAAGAAGGAAAUGAAGACGGAGAAGGUUCUGAAGAAGAAAAUGGAGAUGGAGAUGGAGCUGCAGAAGGAAAGGAUGAUGAGAAUGGAGGUUCCGAAGAAGUAAGAGAAGAGAUUGAGAACGUUGAGGACAAAAGACCAGAAGAAAAGGAAUCUGAUUACAUGUUGAAGGAGAUCUCUCACACAAUGAAACAUUUUGGAAGGGUUGUGAAAGAGAAUACGUUGUGGCCUCUUCCAGGUUUCUGUGUCCCAACUAGAGGUAUGUGAAAUCCCUUUAAUGACAUGAUAACAAUUAUGAUGGCAUUACAUAAUGUGGUGUUGUGAUGUUUUACAGCUUAUUGCAUUCGAGGCAAUUCCUACAUAUUUGAGUUAAAACUAAGGUAGGACUAGGGUAGAACUAAGGUAGGACUAGGGUAGAACUAAGGUAAGCCUAUGGUAGGAGUAGGGUGGAAUAAAGGUAGAACUAAGUUUGUACAUUUAUUCUAUUGACAGGAUAUUGAAAGAUUGGCCUCGGUGGAGGAGUUUGUGAAGGACGACUUGGAUGAGAGAUUGGCCUCGGUGGAGGAGUUUGUGAAGGACGUAGAGAAAGAGCUCUAUGUGUUGUUUUUACAGAA